AUGUGUGCAAGAGUAACUUUCGUUGGCCAAGAUGGACAAAAAUAUGGAUACCUGGAAAGUGUUGACGAGACACAGACACUAUCGCACAUUCGUGCAAGUGCGUCCAAGUUUCUCACCGGUGAGACACUACCGGAGAAAUACGUGUUUACUUGGAAGAAAGCCCCAAUCUCACCUCAGCAAGAAGAAAUCAUUAAACUCUCCCGAUGUUCUGAGGUUGUUUCACAGCAGCCCAGAAUACUUAAAUUAUACAUAAUUGACAAAAACAAUGGCAAUUGUUCUUCACACGUAAACACAGUCACGUACACCGGCCAAUCUAAAGCUGAAAGUUUGUCAAAUAAUGGAAAGGUUGAUGAACAUACAAUUAUGAAAUCAGGAUUAAAACUGUUUGAUAAAAAUGAAAUAGAGGAUCCGAAAAUACCAACAAUCGAAAAAGAAAGAAGAAUUUUUUGGAAUUCUCUAGUUAAUUCUAUUUGUUCUCAGAAACAGUUCAAAGGAUGGAGUUUGCAAGCACUGAACGGUUUGAUUGACACUGAGUGGACGCUGCGGAAAACAGAAUUAUUGCAGUUAGAUGCAGAUCAAGCAAUAGAUAAGAUUAAUAGCACCCAAAAAGCGAAUUCCCACAAAACUGAUGUAAGAGAGAAGAAAAUUCAACAAAUAUUAGACCGGUUGUUAUUGCUUGACUUCCAGCGAAAAAAAGUGUACAAGAAGAUUGAAGACCUGCAUGAACAACUGAAGCAUUCAGCAACUGAUCAUACCAAAGUGCAGGACCAGAUAACCCUCGAGGAAGAUAACUUAGAUAAAGUUUUUACCGAGCUUAAAUCAUGUCAGUCUAGCCUACAACAGAGUAUUGCCAAUUCCAGUAAAACAAUUGAAUAUUCCGCUGAAGUAGCUGGUAGCGCAACCCUGGCAAAAGAAAGUCCGGCAAUAUUAAGCGAUGAUGAGCUUGAAGACAUACGGCAAUCUGUAGUCGAUGAUUACGCCAUUGAUAGUCAAAGUGAUAGUAACUAG